CCGACCACGAUGUCCGUCCUCUUUGAGACUUCUCUGGGCGACAUAGUCAUAGAUCUCGAGACGGAUGCAUGUCCAAAAACCUGCGAGAACUUUCUGAAGCUAUGUAAAGUGUACUACUACAACUUGAACGCGUUCUUCAACGUCUCGAAGGAUUUUCUGGCUCAGGUCGGUGAUCCCACAGCUACAGGCACUGGAGGCGAGUCCAUCUGGUCUUUGAUAGCCUCGCAAGGCGGCCCUUCCACCCCGCGUUACUUUACGCCCGAGUUCGUCCCUCGCCUCAAGCAUCGGCAACGCGGCACAGUGUCUAUGGCCGUAGCCCCAGCUGUUGGUGACGAACACAAGGGCGGCUGCGGAAGCCAAUUCUUCAUAACAAUUGGCGACAACAUCGAGUAUCUGGACGGAAAGCAUGCAGUCUUUGGGCACGUAGUCGAGGGUUUCGAGACCUUGGACAAGCUCAAUGAUGUGUUUGUGGAUCAGGAUGGGAGACCUCUGAAGGAUGUCAGGAUACGGCAUGUCGAAAUCCUCGAGGAUCCUUUCGAGGACCCCCCUGGUCUAGUAAUCCCAGAUUCCCCGCCCGUGAAGCCGCCAGACAACUCCACGCGCAUUGCAGAAGACGAGGACCCGUUAGAAACUAUGCCCGAAGACGAGGCGGAAGAGAUUCGGCGCAAAAAAGCAGCACAGGCAUCGGCCUUGACGCUGGAGAUGGUGGGAGACCUACCCUUCGCUAACGUCCGCCCGCCAGAGAACGUGUUGUUCGUCUGUAAAUUGAAUCCGGUGACAGGAGAUGAGGACUUGGAGCUCAUCUUCUCGCGUUUCGGCAAGAUCAUGAGCUGUCAAGUCAUCCGGGACAAGAAGACCGGAGAUUCGCUCCAGUACGCAUUCAUCGAGUUUGACAAGCGUGAAGAUGCGGAACAGGCAUACUUCAAAAUGCAAAAUGUGUUGGUUGAUGACCGCCGAAUCUGGGUUGAUUUCUCACAAUCCGUCGCGAGAUUCAACUCGCAAUGGUCAAACAACCCGAAGAUGGGCCCUCCUCUAGCUCGCGGUGGGCGAGGACGUGCCAGGGGCGGUUUCGGGGGACGCGAUGACCUUGAAGAGACACGGAGGUACCGAGAUCAGUCCUCGCGUGCAGGUAGCGACUACGGUAUGGUCUUUGACGUGCCUGACGGCGAGCGGCGGCAUCGCAAGACCCGUAGCCCGAGUCCGCGCCGUCGUGAGCGUUCAACAGAGCGCCCGCGCCGCUCGAGGUCGCCACGUCCACGCCGCCGAGAUGACGAUCCGGAGCGAGAUAGGCGCAGAAGAGGCAGUCGCGAUAGGCAACCCAAGGAUUCCAGGAAUCGAUACGAACACAGGCGCUGAGCUUUGGGCCAACAUAUGACUCCAAUUGGGCGUCGUUGUAGGCCCUCUGUACUCUGUACGUCUCAUGUAUUGCUGUUCCAGUUAGCUGCGCUCGCGCCCAGGGGCGUUGAUCAUGUAUAGCCGGUGGGCGGAGAGUGCGGUGUAACCAAUGAUCCCUCACAGCGUCAGCCUCUAGCCCAUCUCCACAGCCAGCCUCUUCUGUCUUCUGCGACUUCGCCGCCCUCUAUUACUUUGAAUAUAUAGGCUGCCCUCAUCUCCCGUAUCCACGUUUACGUGCUCACUCCUCUACGUGCUCAAUCCUCUACCACCAUGUCCUCCUGCCUCUUCCACUUUCGUGAUGCCGACCUUACUCUGCGCUCAGGCUCAUCGCAUGGAGAGUAUCACGGUCGCCAGAAGACGGUCGACUUUCACAUCCACCGUUGCGUCUUGUCAGCCGGAUCGCCCUUUUUCGAAGCCAUGCUGUCACUGCCACAACCUCCGAACACAGGCAACGAAGCCCUUCCUGUCGUCCCCUUCACCGAGAGCGCGGCGGUCCUGGAGAUCCUACUCGCCUACAUUUAUCCCACACCCGACCCAAUUGUGAACACGCUCGACGAGCUGGCGCCCGCACUCGAUGCAGCGCGGAAAUACGAUCUAGCCGUCGCAAUCGACGGGCUGCGAAGGCGGCUUGUCGACCCCGUGUUCCUGAAGAUGUACCCUUUGCGCGUCUAUGCGAUCGCGAGCCGCUUCGAGCUGGACGAGGAGGCCGCGGUCGCCGCGAAAGCGACACUAUCUACAGGCCUCCAUGGCCUUCCCUUACACGAGGAUCUGAAGAGCAUGACUGCCUAUGCGUAUCACCGCCUCUUCCUCCUCCACGAGCGCCAUGCGCGGGACGCGAUCGCCCUCCUCAGCCUUCCGGAUGAGAUCAAGUGCAUGCAAUGUAACGGGCGACGCGACAGGAUGCACGAGCCGCCGCUGUGGUGGGUGGAGUGGAAGGAGCGAGCACGGGAGGAGCUGCGACUGCGGCCGACGGCGGAGACCAUCUGCUCUCUUGGCUUCCUGCAACAGGCUGCCCAGGCGGGGGGCUGCGAGCGGUGCGCCGGGUGCAUUCUUGCUUCGUCGUGGUUCUUCGACCAGCUGCGGCGGGACAUUGACGCACUGCCGGUUGCCUUGUGAGGGAUAUGGGCGCGGAGGCUGAGGGGGACGGACAUGAACUGCUUCGAGUUCCCGCCGGACGCUGAUUUGGUGAUACCCCUUGGAAUAGCCCUCCAGAUUGGGAUGGAAUUGCUUCAUAUUAGGUGGAGUUUCAGCUCGAGGGUUCUCAUUGACUCGAUCUUACGUUACCAGCCAUAUGGCUACAUGUCUGGGAGAGUGGUAGCUGGAACAUGGGACAUCUGUGUGCCAUAUACAUAUCCCUACUCGGCCAGCCCGAGGGAAGGUGCCGGUUGUGGCCGUAUACUCUGAUCUGAUCUAAUCUAAUCGGUUGGAAGCU